CCGCAUUGAACCGCCGCUUCAACCCAACUCUGCGCGCGCUCCCUCACGUGCCUUGGUGGUUGGGCCAGCUCCUGGGAGUAGCCACGCCUUUUCCCGCGCCUGGCAGGCAAUGGGCGGGCGCCUCCCGGCGGGGUGGUGGGUAGUUAAUGAGGGCCGGGUGCUGAUUGGCUGCAGGGUCGUGGCCGGGGCUGGGAGGUGGGGUAGGUUGUUCCUGAGGUGGGAGGUGGCACCCGUGGCUGAGAAGUAGGCCUGAGAGCGACAUGUCUCCGGCGGCUGAGGCACAGCGGCCCGUGGCGCUGUUUUUCUGAGUCCGGGGCGGCCUGGCGGGGCUGAGGACAAGGCUCGGCGGAGGCUGCCCCCCGCUGUGGAGGCCGCCAUGCUGGGCGCCCGGGCGGUUGAGGGAGCCGCCGUGGCGCUCCUGCGGCUGCUGCUGCUGCUGCUGCUGCUGCUGCCGGCGCUCCGGGGACCGGGGCUCGGCGUGGUGGGCUCGGCUGGGGCCGGGCUGCCCGAGAGCGUGAUUUGGGCCGUCAACGCCGGCGGAGAGGCGCAUGUGGACGUGCACGGCAUCCACUUUCGCAAGGACCCUUUGGAAGGCCGGGUGGGCCGAGCCUCUGACUAUGGCAUGAAACUGCCAAUUCUGCGUUCCAACCCCGAAGACCAGAUCCUGUAUCAAACAGAGCGGUACAAUGAGGAGACCUUUGGCUACGAAGUGCCCAUCAAGGAGGAGGGGGACUAUGUACUGGUGUUGAAAUUUGCCGAGGUCUACUUUGCACAGUCCCAGCAGAAGGUAUUUGAUGUGCGAUUGAAUGGCCAUGUUGUGGUGAAGGACUUGGAUAUCUUUGAUCGCGUUGGACACAGUACAGCUCAUGAUGAAAUCAUCCCGAUGAGCAUCAGAAAGGGGAAGCUGAGUGUCCAGGGGGAGGUGUCCACCUUCACAGGGAAACUCUACAUCGAGUUUGUCAAGGGAUACUAUGACAAUCCCAAAGUCUGUGCACUCUACAUCAUGGCUGGGACAGUGGACGAUGUACCAAAGCUGCAGCCUCAUCCAGGACUGGAGAAGAAAGAAGAGGAGGAGGAGGAGGAAGAAUACGAUGAAGGGUCUAAUCUCAAAAGACAGACCAAUAAGAACCGGGUGCAGUCGGGCCCCCGCACGCCCAACCCCUAUGCCUCGGACAACAGCAGCCUCAUGUUUCCCAUCCUGGUGGCCUUCGGAGUCUUCAUUCCAACCCUCUUCUGCCUCUGCCGAUUGUGAGAACAAAUCACCAUCCUGAACAGGUGGAGGGGUGUGGGAAAGAAACCAAACAUGUUGGUUUGGGUUUCUGUAUUUUUUACAGUGAUUAACAAAAACAAACAAAUGAAACACACACACACACACACACACACACACACACACACAAUUAAAGGAGAUGAAAAGAGGCGGAGUGAGUAGAGAGCAGCCCUCAUCCACCACCUGGUCCUAGACCUGCUCCAGUCCUAGUUCUCUCUUUGUGGUGGCCCCCAGCCGUCUCUUUCCUCUCCAGGGUACAGAGGGUAAACUGGAUCCUACCUGGUCCAGGGUGUUCGUCCGUAAACACAGUGGAAAGGACUCUGAACUCAGAGCAGACACGGUUCCUUUUUUUAGGUUAGAAAUUAACAGCAGGGAAAUGUCAUCUUCUUACCUGAGAAGACUAGCGCUGGGAGUUGGGUAUGUUCUGAAGUUAUGUCCAGAUAAGUUUUCAGAUGUCCUGGGAUUCAAAGUGUGUGUGUGUGUGUGUGUGUGUGUGUGUGUGUGUGUGUGUGAAGGUGUACAAUUUGUAUGAUAAAGAUGAAAACGGAAGGGGGAUUAAAAAGAAGAAAGAAAAGUAGAUACUUCCUUACUUGGAAGCCUUUCUGGUUUUAGCCCAAUGAUGGUUCCACCUUAAGUGUUUGAGCUUUGUCAUUGCUUGUCUCCCUGACAUGUGCCAGUUAGAGAACUGUCUGGUAUCCGAGACGAUUAGUUUAUAUCAGGUCCUCAAGUUGCCUCUGACUUCUUACCACAAACGAAUCAUUUUGAUUUCAGUGCCUGUUGGGGACUUGAUUUCCUCUCUCUCUCUCUUUUUUUCUGAACCUGGCUCAUUUGAAAUCUCUCUCUCAACCAUCCCGCUAAGUUAUUGCCAAGAAGGGAAGGAGACAUAGGGAUUUGGGGUUCCCUCUGCUUGAAUGUCUUAUCCUCUACCACCUCACCUUACUGGUACCUCCCUCCCUGGAUCUCUGAGCCAGCAGCCAGGAGGACCUGACCCAGCAGUUCUUUUAUUGGCCCCUUUGUAGGGUCUUGCUGCCAGGGGACAGGGAUGCUUUCCAGCCUGCAGCAACAGAACACUUGACCUUAAAAGUCUCUUCUGGUCUUUGGAUCAGAAAAGGCUUAUGUUAGCGUAACUUAAGAGCAACCUCGGAGACUUGAGCCCUACUAAGUGACUGACCACUGUUGAGAGUAUCUAGUACCUGAUGUUCAUUUAUUUCCACAUCCUUCCAUGUCACGGUUCAACCAGUUUUGGUUUAAGCCUAGAGCUGCCCCAAGGAGCUAGACUGAUUGUCUGUAUCUGGCCCAGUGACGCCUCUCACUGACCUUAAUAGCGUGCCCUUUUUGUCCUUUCAUUUCCUUGUCCAAGUCUCAGCCAGGUUCUUGAUGUGACGGGGCUGAAAGAUUGCCAGUCAGCCAUAGUCCUGGCAGCUCUGAAGCCACCCUUAGCCUCUAAGUGUUUGCCUUGAAUUCCACGGGAAAAUUUCUGCAGGAAGUGAGGCUUCCUUGUUCCUCUCCUUUCUGGUCCCUGUCAUCCUUUUCCCAGUUAGGGGAGCAAUGAGGGAGGACCCAGCCAAGCUACAAGGAAUUUUGUGGAUGGAAAGCCACAGGAUUAGCUUAUGCUUGGGCUGGAGCAGCAUAGAAUCUCAGGCCAGGCUCAUCCUUUUACAAUGCGUUUAAUUUUGAGUUUGUCUCUUUGGAUAUGUUUUCCAAGAGCUCCAUAUAUUUGAACUGCUCAUUAUGUGACAAAGUAAGUAGCCCUUGGGCUCAUGUCCUGGGUUUUGGUUCUUAAUGAGUUACUCCAAGUCAGCAUUUAGUCCUUUGAGAGUCGUAGCCCUUUAUUUCAGCUGUGACUUAGGCCUCGAUACUUGGGUACUGAGUCAGGCAGCUGGACAGCUGCGGCCUGAAACUAUAAUCAGAGGAACACUUCUGGAGUGCUUCAUGAAGCUCCUGCGUUACAGGAUGAUGUCCUGAAGCCUUGGUCCUGGGACCACCUGCCUGGGGCAGUGGACAUCCUGACUAUUAAUUGGGCUUCUGACAGGGGCUUCGAGUCCCAUUCCGUCACAGCUCUCCAAAGCCGUAGGCUACUGCCAGUAGAGUAAACAGGAUGCGGGAGGACUUGCUGCCUCCAUUUUGCCUUGUUCAUUAGUUUGCCUGGGUCUCUCUGAGGAAGGAGGGCUCCCCGCCUCCUCACCUCAACCCUUCCCUUCGGUGACUCAGAGUCUCAGAAGGAAACCCUGGUUCCUGGGGCCAUUUCCUAACGGUACUGUAAGCCAAGCAGCUUUGCUUCUGCCUCUGUUUCCAAGCCCACCCUUUCCCCCUGAGCUCAGGGAUAGGGACGGGCACUUUCCUCUUUGGUUGUGCCUGAAAGGAAGGAACAUCUUUCUGUGGCUCACAAAAACUAAAGGGGAAGUGAGGAAACAGGAAGAAGUAUGGGGGGGGGGGGCUGGGGUAGAGUCCCCUGGAGCCAAGCACACCCAGAUCACAGAGCUGCCCAGGGCUGGUUACGGUUGGCUUGUGAUGCUGAACUUGAAAGUUUUUGGUUUUUUUUUUGGCUGUUUCAAGAUGAUAUAGGUACAUGAAGUUUGGGUUAAAGGGGUGGGGAUGGGGUACUCUUUAUUUUUAUUUUUGUAUUGUGUAUGUCAAGAAUCACUCUGUUGUUCAUCUUUUGCUUUUUGCACUGUUUGUCCCCACGUCUGUAUCCUGAGCUGGUGCUAGGGGCUGAGAGGCUGCGCUGUAGGGGAGUCUGGGUGGGGUUGGGGAGGUGAGAAGUCACGCCCAUUAGGCAUGGGGAAGGAGAGGCCUGGGCUCUUCUACUGGAUCCAUGCUUGUCCUAGGGUUUUAGAUCUUCCUGAGCCCAGCUGGCCAAAGCCAAGAGCAGAUAGCCAAGGUGAAACUCUUGUUGCCAGAAGUGUGGCUUGGGUUCAGUUUCCGGGUGGACUGGGCAAAGAUGUCUGAGGGAGGUGGGCUGAGAGUCUGCAGUGUAGCCCUGAUUUGGGUCAGGGACCAACUGGCCUCUAAACAGACUUUUUGGGGGCUUCACUCAUUGCUGACGGGAACAUCAUGCCAGGAAACAACCUUUGGGACCCAUGUCCCCUAAACCAGAUACAUUUUUCUAAAAAAGCCUCCACUAUUGAGGAGAAGCUGCUCAGUGUUUACCUUGCAUUCUGGUGACUUGAAAGGUGGUUCUUUUUGUGUCAGUGGUGUCAGAUUGCAGGAGGACCACAGGGCCUGCAGGCCCACCUGUUGGUUUGAGAGUGUGAUCUUGUUUUCUUGUUCCCACUGUUUGCCUAAGAGAUACUGGCCUGAAAUUGGAGGAUCACAGUAGAGGUCACUUAGGCUUGGAAGAGAUGGGGUGAAGUUUGAGUUAAGUUUACCGCCCCCUUUCUUUGCCUGGGAACUGUUUAAUCCAGUUUUAGAAUUGUGAUUUGACUUCUUUUCUUUUUGGAGAAGCUUCUGUUUUAAGGAAUUUCUCUUCCUCCAUAUCAUGCCUCUGCCCUCUCCUGGGAAGGCCUGGCCAUGGCUUCUAAAAUCUCAGUUGAACUUCAGAAAACAGCAGCAGUAUUUUCCCUUUCCUAGCACUUAUAUUCCUUUCCCUAGAAAUUGGCUCACCUUGGGAAGCACAGGGGGAGAAUCAGCAGGUUCUUGACCCUCCCAGGGGAUUGGGGAAGGACCCACCCGGUCAGCACAGUGCCUUGUCCUCUCCUGCUCUGAGCCAGGGUGGGCGUUCCCUCUAGAUUCAGGUCUGGGCAGGGGGUCUCACAGUCCCUUCCUCCCCCUCCCCUUUGCUGUCUGGCUCUGACCUAAUUCAGGUGUCUUCUUGCCUCGAGGAGCCUUAAUGGCAUCAAGUGGCAACAUUAAUACUGUCCUCCAUGCCUCUCCAAAAGGACCUAGAAGAGCAGGUGAGCUUUCCAGAGUGAGAGACGAAUAGAUGCUCCUGUUUUCAAAAAACAAGUUGGGGAGGGAGGGUAAGCUUUGGGCCUCCAUCCACUGUGGCCCCUGGGGAAGGAGCCUGGGGCGAGGCUAAGUGCUGGUGCAGAAGCAGAACCAGAAACACCCAGGAUCAGUUCAGAAACCAGAGAAGAAAUCUGCUUUCUUCUAUGGGAAGAUGUAAUUAGGGAUCAAAUGCUCUAAGAAAAUUGCAAAGAAGCCUUCAUGUUCAAGCUUAGGAGAGAUCAGAGUAAUUUUUCCCUUUCAGUCUGAGCUAGGACUCUCUGUAUUUAUAUCUCUCCUGGGGCAAGAGGGCUAGAUUUCCUCAUUUUGUUACAAGACUAGGUUGGCACCAGUGGGUCCGCUUCCCAGCGAGGGCGGUUUCUUCCCUGUACAUGGGUGGCUUGCUGCCGCUGAUUUGUCCUUGCCCAGCUGCAUUUGGCAAGCUGGCUGUAGGCUGCCAAAUCAUUUGGAUAAGGGCAGAUGAUUUGGGGCCUGGCUGGGUUGGCAGGAAAAGAGCAGGAUGGAUCUCUUGGGACGGGUUCCCCCCUCCCCACCCCCCAGGAGUAUAAAAACAAGGAGCCAGGAUUGUGCUGGCAGCCUGGGAAACAGUAGUGCCUGCUGGAGUUGGCACAGAGGGCCCUGGCACCUCUCGCAUCCAGGCAGUCUUGUGAGAGGGGAGCACGUAGCACCAGGAAAAGCAGAACUCCAUUCUCACCUCUAUUCUGAGCUUCGGGGCUUUAUUUCAGUACGAGGAAAAACAACAACAAUCUGAAGUGCGCUUUCCGUCCUUUCAAAGGACAACUGUCGGGAAAGGAGGGCUGAGUUGCCAGGUGGGAGGGGAGAGUUGGCAGGGAGAGGCAUUAUGGCAGAACCAGGAAUGAGACAUCCUUGACUCCUGUCUUCCCUGGUGUGUCAUGAUCCAGGGAAUGAAGAGAAAUUUGACCCUGGAUUAGUUCCCUCCUUGGAUUUUCCUUCCACCAAAUUCUCCCACGCUUGGACCAGCUGCCCAUUCACAGCUCAGGGCAGCCUCUUCAACCACUACUGGCCUAACCUGGCUCGUCAGGAAACCAACCCCACCCCUCUAGAUCGGGCCUGGCUGCUCUAUUCUGUACCCAAGUACUGGACGAUAGUGUCAAGUUCUUAGUAGCCCCUGUAGCUCCAACUCUAGAUUCCCAUCCUCUCCCUGCAGAGGCCAAACCUACUCUCUGUCUGUAGCCACAACACGCAUUUCCAGCGACACAGUGAGAUGUGAUUGAGGGGCUUUGAACCUGGCUGGCCCGGGAAAGCUGUAGGGGUGGAUAGAGCUCUUUCCUUCUGGGCUGUCUCCAUCUGUCCCUACCCCUUCCAUGCCCCACCCUACUCCCACCAAAAAGUAAAAAAAUCAGGAUGUUUUUCACUGUCCAUUGCUUUGUGUUUUAAUAAACAAUUUGCAGUGACACUCUGUGUUGGGAUUGAGUUUGAACUUGAUUGCAAAGAAGUGACGUGAUGGGGUGGGAAGAGGGAAACCCAGGGGUUCUCUUGGCUG